GCAGAACCCGACAGUCCACGAGCGUCUCAAGCGCAUCUUACUGAGAGUAUGCUUCAACUGACCUGGGCAUGGUUUAGAUGUUAAAAUGACAUCUUGAUGAAUUUGUUUGAGGUUUAGAUUUCAGUCAUUCGUUUGGGCUUUCUGGACUAAGCAUUACUUAGUACAAUACAGGGCAUGGUGACAGAGAGGAGUGGGGGGAUCCUCUCUCCUGCGUCUUCGGUGGAGGUUCGGGAAUGAAACUGUCUGCAAAUUUACCUGCCAGAAGCGAAGAUGUGUCGAGCUGCGAGGGAAUAGCGCCGUUUAAUCGACUCAGAUUCAACCGAAAGUCUCAACAAACUUCUGUUUCGUUUGACUGACAUUGAGACGUCAUGGCAUCAUUGUCGUGGAGACACGCGCUCGUCUGCUUGGUGAUUGUGAAUCUGUCAGUGCUAACAAAGGCCUGCAGCAGCCACUAUGAAUAUGCCAUUGAGGAAUUCUGCCUGGCCAAGUUUAAGCUGGAUAUGGAGGUUCUCGAUCAGCAUCAGUGGUGCAGCUGGGAGGACACAGUGGAGUCCUAUGGAGAACUGACCAACUGCACAUUUCUGGUUGCUCUGAAGAUGAACUGUUUCUGGCCCAACCGACUGGUGGACGAAUUCUUCAUCCGGGUGCACAGGCACUACUUCCACGACUGCUCAUUAUCAGGACGGCUGCUUCACGACCCGCCAAAUCGGAUCCUGGGGCCUUUUAUCGUGGUGCCCAUUCUGGUGACACUAUUCAUGACUGCUCUAGUGGUGUGGAGGAGUAAACGCAGCGAGGGAAUUGUGUAGGCUAUG